UGGUUAUCUACUUUUUAGCAGGUGAUGUGAAACGGGUAUUUACUUAUCGUUAUACAGGUACAGUCACUUGUAUAUUGCAUUUAUCAAAGUGAAAUGAGAAUUAGACCAUCUCCGACUUCCUUAAUUUCACCAGUUCGUGUAUUAUCUCGUGAGAACAAAAACAAUUUUUGCUUAUCACAGUGCUGAAUAUCGUCUCCUGUUGUUGAUUCGAUGACAACAUUUGGGGUAUUUCAUAAAUGUGUUGAUUGAAAGCAACGAACAUUCACAAUUGGAACGUUGGUUGAAAGGUAGCAACAAAAUGGAUCCAAGGGGCCCUCCAGAGGGGGCCCCUAUCGACCCCCUAGAUAUAUCCAGCAUCGAAAAAGCAACCGAUGUCUCGGAAAAUUGGUCAGCGGACAACAUUGUUCCUUCACCUCUCUGCGAGCAACCAAAAAAAAUGAACAACAGAUUAUUGUUCUUAACGGUCGAGUAUGUGGAGGACCAAACGCGAGACUACACUCGCAUGUUCUCCGUUUACGAGCCCGUUUCCUAUUCCCCAAGAGCUUCCUCUCCACUUUCCGAAUUUGAACACCGUGUUAGUCCCCACGAUCCUAACAUGAGCUCAGCCGCCAGAUAUUCGCCAACCCCAGUUCAAUUGCCGCCUUCCCCAUUUCAAAAUUCGGUUGUCGUCCUGCAAAAUCCAUCUUCGCCGUUGAUUCCUGCAUCGGAGACGAAUGCCAGGACAAACAUCAGCUUUGUGGCUCAAUUGGCCGAUCAGACUGCUUCUCAAAACAUUCCGCAAAGCGAUAACCCUGCCGAUUUUGUUGACGGGAGUAGCGAGGAAAGCCUCGUUCCUGGCAAUGAAUUGAUUCUAAUGCAGGGUGCGACCCCUGAAUUAGAACCUUCGGCCCCUCCGUUGAUGCUCACCGGCUUACCUGGUUCCGAUUUCGCUCUAGCUCGCGAUUUCCUUGUGAUGCACGACGAUCAGAUCAGUGUCAUGAACUCCUUCAAAAAUCAAAACAUAGAAAUAAACGAGAGCUACAUCCCAAGUCCAAUGCAGACUGUAAUUCCAAACGAAGAACUAGAUUUGUGUGAGACAGGUCAGUCCAAAAAGGAAUUAUGUACUAUGCAAAUUGUUGACAAUCUCAUGGAGACGGAAGAGGAUCAAGUUCCCAAGAAAAGCGUUCGAAGAUCGAAACGGCAGAUAAACGAUAAGAAGACUUUUUGGUGCAAAGAAUGUGAUAGCAUUUGUGCAGAAGUGGAUGGCUGCACAUCUCAUAAUGUUCAAACAAUUGCUGAUCAACCGGUUCCUUCGAGGGCGAUAGCGACCCUACCAAGUUCUUAUUUGUCUAUCAAUAAAUUGGCUCCUAAUGGAGCAGCAGGGCCAGAAUAUGGAGUUUUCACGAAAAAAAGCAUUCGAAGGCGAACACAGUUUGGCCCAAUUGAAGGAGUUUUUUGUGCUUAUGAUGGCUCGCCAUUUGUCGACUCUUUACCGUUAUUGAUUGAAAAUGACGAUGGAGAGUUCUUUAAAAUCGAUGUAUCGAACGAAAACACUUCAAACUGGAUGCGUUUUGUGCGACCAGCUGUAACUUACAAAGAGCAGAAUUUAAUGAUUUGUCAGCAGAACGAAGGAAUAUUUUUCCUCACCACGAGAGAUAUACUGCCAAAGGAGGAAUUAAAAGCUGGACCCAAUCCGGAAUACGCAAAUAGGAGAAAUUUGUCAAUUCUUGAACCGAAUCCAAAAAACGCAAGCGAUUCAAAUGGCGAUUCAUGGCCGUGUUUUGAAUGCAAUCGCUUCUUCCAGACUUCAGAAAAACUACAAAGUCAUAUGAACGUUCACGACAAUCCGCGAAAUGAUACGAAAGGAAGAAAUAAACGCAGAAAGCUUCACAUCACAUCAAACAAACUCUUGAAAGUCGUCAACGAUCAGGCGGUCCUCUAUUCAUGUCCACAUUGUUCGAAAGUCUUUUCGCGCAGCUACAGUCUAAAACGCCACUUAUUGAUACAUCCGAAUGCAAAAGCGGCGCGUUACCAAUGUCCAAAAUGUGGAGAAAACUUCCUAUAUCCUCACAAUCUCUAUCGGCAUACAAAAGUUUGUGAAAUCGGGAAGUCUAAGGAGCAGGACAAGGAUAAGGAAAAGGGAAAAGAGAAUUCUGGUCAGAAUUCGGCCGAUUGGAAAUGCACCGCUUGCGGGCUCACUUUUUAUAGAGAGUCGCUCUUCAAUCUGCACAAACUCGCGCACAGUGUCAGGGGGACGGAAGACUGGUGCAAGUUUGCUGUUUGUCCCGAGUGUGGAGUCAAAUUCGAGAAAAAGAACGACCUUGUCAAACAUGUGUCGCAGCAUGGGAAGUUGGCAGUGAGAAAAGCGGCGAACUCGACUCCAUCGGCUGGUUAUAAAUGCUCAAUGUGUUACAAACGUUUUGCCACUAAAGUACGACUGCAACAGCACUGUCUGGUACACGGUGCUGAGGAUCAGAAACCACUGCCGUGUAAUAUUUGCUUGAAGAGGUUCAUGAAUAACUCUGCACUUUCCUGUCAUCUCAAAACUCACAGACAGGAGAAGCAGAUGUUUGAAUGUCCGAUGUGCAAGGAGGUUUUUGACCAAAUUUUAAUGUUGAAAGACCACGUGGAAACACACCGUGAUGAAGAUGAUACCUUUACCUGUCCGCACUGCCAACGAAAUUUUACCAAAUAUUCCGUUAUUCGUAAGCACAUCAGAGCGCAUCAUUGCGAACGGAAGCAUAAGUGUACAUUUUGUGUGAAACGUUUUCCCACUGUCGAUAAAUUACGGAUGCAUUUGUUGCGACACUCCGAUCAUAGGGAAUUUCAAUGUGCUGUUUGUGGAAAACGCUUCAAGAGGAAGGACAAAUUAAAAGAACACGUUACGCGAAUGCACAAUUCUCAGAGACCUAGUAAAGAACCAACGUCGCCGAUUAAUCAGGCGAGGAAAUUUGUGCCAAAGGUUAAUCCAACGGAGUAUGAUCGAUUUAUCUACAAAUGUCAUCAGUGUUUAGUUGGUUUCAAAAGAAGAGGAAUGCUAGUGAAUCACUUGGCGAAAAGACAUCCAGAUGUACCGCCGGAAUCUGUACCUGAACUUAAUUUACCGAUUUUAAGACAGACGAGGGAUUAUUACUGCCAGUAUUGCGAGAAGGUUUACAAGAGCAGUAGCAAGCGCAAAGCACACAUUAUGAAAAAUCAUCCUGGCGCUGCGUUGCCGCCAAGUAACCGCCACAAAGAAACGGACAUUCCAGGCCUGCCCAAUUCUACUUUUAGUCAAACCGUAGGAAGUAUUACGACAACUCCUCAGGGUUGUCAAUGGUGUCACAAGCAAUAUGCUAGUAAGGCCAAGCUACUGCAGCACCAGCGUAAGAAACACCCCACCCUCAUGGAACCAGCGGAUCAGGUUCCUAGGCCGCGAAAUCGGCCAUCUCACAAUCAAACCCAACAGCUAGUGUUGAGCGACAUCAAUUUCAUAAUGACAGACAGCGUCUCGGCCUGCGACGUAGAUGAGUUUACAAAACCCAGGAUCUUUAAAAUAUCCGACGAUGUGGACCUAAUCAGUGGUGGGCUGGAGUCGGUAGGUCAGCAAUACGUGCGAAUGCGCGACAUACGUUGAAGGGACGCCCGACUGUCCCGCGACGCGGGUUUAAAAAGAUUUCUCGAGAUAUGAAUCUCUUGGCUUUUGUGCACAGCACGAAACGAAAGCUGUGCUUUUCGCUGCCGUUACCAUCUUGUAAGACGCAGACCAGGGCGAAAGAAUCAGCGAAAGCUCUCCGUCUAUGAAGCAUUUGGAACGCGCAGCUUGUUGGCGCCGACGCGAAACGUUCGGUGCUCACCCUGAACUGGGUGCCACCUCUUUAAUCGUAUGUUCGACGUCUAUAAGACGACGUCCUUGGAAGUAGUGAAAUUUGUCGAAGUGGAGCGGAGUCUCCUGCUCUAAAAAAAAAUGUGUUCCCUUCCAUUGAGGCGCACGAAACCUUAAGUCCGCAGCAACGUUUCACAAAAUCUUGGGAGUACACCCUAUAAAAAAAUCUAAGAAAGAAUUGUUCAGAAAAAUCGAAUCGACUAUUAGAUUUUCGCAACCAGCAUCGUUUUUUUUCCGGCAAUCCGGAAACUAAUUAAAGAAUUUAAUUAGAUUUCAGCUUCACGCUUCUGAAUAAAUGAAUUCCUGCCUACAAUUCAAUGUCAGUUUGUAGCAAAGCUUCUACCUACUUGGAAGUUUUUCAAUGUAGAGGUUCAUUUCACAGAAUUAGUUCCACAUGAGAAGAUGUUGAGUGGGGGAAAAAAGGUCGGUGGAAGGUCAAUUUGAAGGAAAGAAAGUUACCAAUGACGUGUGUAUUCGCCGAAAUUAUAAGAUUUAUUUUACACGUAGUAUGUACACGUUAUUAUACACGUCUGGAGUGCAGAGCGUCGCACGUCUGCUAAUCCGUGUCGAGCAAACGGACAAGAAUAUUGUAACGAUCGCAUGAAUAAAGUUACUUUACGAUGUGUUUAGUCAACUA